UCCCGGCGCUCGGAUCGCAAACUCCGAGCCAGCGUUCUCCGCGCGCGCCCGAGCCGCUGGCCGCCCGCGCAGCCCGACGCGGAACCGGGGCGCAGCGGGAGCCCGUUCAGGGCGGGCGCGGGGCGGCGGCCGUCCAUGCGGCGGGCUCGGGGCUGCCCGGCGCCGGGAACCACGCGGGGGCGAGGCGAGGCGGCCACCGGCCGCUCCGGGACGCGGACCGCCAGGGAGAGGAAAUCUGAAGUCCUGGGAAGACUUCGGAAAUCAAUGCUUGUGGAAGACUCUGGCUUUAUUAGAGAGGACCCCUGGGCACACCUUGAAAACUUGCUUCGUUUGUUUGUCUUUCCCUGAAAGGAGGAUUUGAACACCACUCUCAUCUGCAGAAAAUUGGCAACAUCUCCGAGGAGCCCUUGCUUUUCCUGGGACCCCCAGCAUCAUGGUUGUUCCCCGUUUCAUGGAGUCUUUCAGUGUCCUGGGUUCCCUCCUGCUGCUUGGAUUCCAGCUCGUCUGCCCACAGCCCUCCACUGAACACAGAAAGGUCCCGCAGCGGAUGGUGGCGGCGGCCGAAGGCGCGCAGGAGGACGGCGGCGGAGGCGCCCCGGGCGUCUGGGGCGCCUGGGGGCCCUGGUCCGCCUGCUCGCGCAGCUGCAGCGGCGGCGUGAUGGAGCAGACGCGGCCCUGCCUGCCCGGCUCAUACCGCGCGCGCACUGGCCCGCGGCCCGGAGCCCCCGCGCGCGCCUUCGCGGGCCACGUGGUGUCGGCCGUGCGCACGUCGGUGCCGCUGCACCGGAGCCGCGAGGAGCCGCGCGCGCCGGCCGGCCUCAACGCCAGCCGCCAGGGCCCAGUGCUGCGGGGCAGCCGGCACCCGCAGCCCCGCGGGCGCGAGCCCGCGGCGGAAAGAAGGAGCAGGACCCGAGGUCCCAUCGGCCCUGGCAAGUAUGGCUAUGGUAAGGCGCCGUACAUCUUACCACUGCAGACGGACUCUGCCCACUCACCGCAGAGGCUUCGGAGGCAGAGGCCCUCAUCUCGGCAUUCAAGGUCCCAGGGAGCAUCUGGUUCUAGCCCUGGCUACAGCCCGCCAGCCUACCGGGCCCCCCAGCAUGGGCCUCUGUACCAGAGUGACAGUGGCCCUCGUUCUGGACUGCAGGCCUCAGAGGCCUCCAUCUACCAGCUGCCUUUGACCCAUGAUCAAGGCUUCCCUGCAGCUUCAAGUCUCUUCCAUAGCCCAGAAACAGGCAGCAGCCAUGGCACCGGAGCCCACAGGGCAGCUCAGAGCUUCUCCCAGCCUGCCCGGUCUACGGCAAUCUCCUGCAUCGGGGCCUAUCGGCAGUACAAGCUGUGCAACACCAACGUGUGCCCAGAAAGCAGUAGAAGUAUCCGGGAGGUACAGUGUGCAUCCUACAACAACAAGCCGUUCAUGGGCCGGUUUUAUGAAUGGGAACCAUUUGCAGAAGUAAAGGGCAAUCGGAAGUGUGAAUUGAACUGCCAGGCAAUGGGCUACCGCUUCUACGUACGGCAAGCUGAGAAGGUCAUUGAUGGUACCCCCUGCGACCAGAACGGCACGGCCAUCUGCGUGUCUGGGCAGUGCAAGAGCAUUGGCUGCGAUGACUACCUAGGCUCCGACAAAGUCGUGGACAAAUGCGGGGUGUGCGGAGGCGAUAACACAGGCUGUCAGGUUGUGUCGGGCGUGUUUAAGCAUGCCCUCACCAGCCUGGGCUACCAUCGAGUUGUUGAGAUUCCCCAAGGAGCCACAAAAAUCAACAUCACCGAGAUGUACAAGAGCAACAACUAUUUGGCUUUGCGAAGUCGUUCUGGCCGCUCCAUCAUCAACGGGAACUGGGCAAUUGACCGGCCUGGAAAAUAUGAGGGUGGAGGAACGAUGUUCACCUACAAGCGUCCAAAUGAGAUCUCGAGCACUGCUGGAGAGUCCUUUUUGGCCGAAGGUCCCACUAAUGAGAUCUUGGAUGUCUAUAUGAUACACCAGCAGCCUAACCCAGGAGUCCACUACGAGUAUGUUAUCAUGGGGACCAACGCCAUCAGCCCACAGGUGCCACCUCACAGGAGACCAGGGGAGCCCUUCAAUGGCCAGCUGGUCACAGAAGGAAGGAGCGCGGAGGAGGGAGAAGAGAAAGAGAGGAAUGAGGAGAAGGAAGACCUGCGCGGUGCGGCACCUGAAAUAUUCACCUCAGAAGCAGCACAGCCCUUCCCGGUCAGGCAUCCAGACAGAUUUUCUUCCCACCAUCCAGACAAUUUGGUGCCACCAGCACCACAGCCCCCACGGCGAAGCCGGGAUCACAACUGGAAACAGCUCGGGACAACAGAAUGCUCAACGACCUGUGGGAAAGGCUCGCAGUACCCUAUUUUUCGCUGUGUGCACAGAAGCACUCACGAAGAGGUCCCUGAGAGCUACUGUGACUCCAGCAUGAAGCCGACCCCGGAGGAGGAGCCCUGCAACAUCUUCCCUUGCCCAGCCUUCUGGGACAUCGGGGAGUGGUCCGAGUGCAGCAAGACCUGCGGCCUGGGCAUGCAGCAUCGCCAGGUUCUGUGCCGCCAGGUGUACGCCAACCGCAGCCUGACGGUGCAGCCCUACCGCUGCCAGCACCUGGAGAAGCCCGAGACCACCAGCACCUGCCAGCUCAAGAUCUGCAGUGAGUGGCAGAUCCGGACGGACUGGACCUCGUGCUCAGUGCCUUGUGGAGUGGGACAGAGGACCCGAGACGUGAAGUGUGUGAGCAACAUUGGGGACGUGGUUGACGAUGAGGAAUGCAACAUGAGGCUCCGGCCGAAUGACAUUGAGAACUGCGACAUGGGACCCUGUGCGAAGAGCUGGUUCCUCACCGAGUGGAGUGAAAGGUGCUCGGCAGAGUGUGGGGUCGGAGUGCGGACACGCUCGGUGGUGUGCAUGACCAACCACGUCAGCAGCCUGCCCCUGGAGGGCUGUGGGAACAACCGGCCAGCGGAGGCCACCCCUUGUGACAACGGGCCCUGCACGGGCAAGGUGGAGUGGUUUGCGGGGAGCUGGAGUCAGUGUUCCAUCGAGUGUGGGAGCGGGACCCAACAGAGGGAGGUGAUUUGUGUUAGGAAGAAUGCAGAUACUUUUGAAGUGCUUGACCCCUAUGAAUGUUCCUUCCUGGAGAGACCCCCCAGCCAGCAAUCCUGCCACCUCAAGCCUUGUGGGGCCAAAUGGUUUAACACAGAAUGGAGCAUGUGCUCCAAGAGCUGCCAGGGCGGUUUCCGGGUCCGGGAAGUGCGCUGUCUGUCAGAUGACAUGACCCUAAGUAAUCUCUGUGACCCUCAGUUGAAACCAGAAGAGAAAGAAUCUUGUAACCCUCAGGACUGUGUCCCUGAAGUUGAUGAAAACUGCAAAGACAGGUACUACAACUGCAACGUGGUGGUCCAGGCGCGGCUCUGCGUCUACAACUACUACAAGACAGCCUGCUGCGCCUCCUGCACUCGCGUGGCCAACAGGCAGCCGGGCUUCCUGGGGAGCAGAUAACACCCCCACACCCCGUCAGUAGGGCAGGACAGGGAGUCUGUGAGCAGUGGGACUGGCUGGCUCCUGCUCCACCAGGGGCUCCCUGGCCCGAUGCGCUGCCAGCCAACUGAGUCACCACCUCCAUGUAAAGUGUACACGUGGUUCCCAGGAGCAAAGCCACGUUGUCCUUUGAGCAUCGCCAUAAACUGAUCAUCCCCUCCUUGGGAAACGUGGCACCUGCCAACUGUGCUCCCUGAAAACCAAGCGGUGGGGAGUGCGCGUGGCUCUCAGCCAGACUCCCGGCCUGCACUUUCUAGGUCAGCGGUCGGGCCCUGACUGGGCACUGCCUUGUCCCUGGUGCUACCGGCCUUUCCAAUAUCAGCGCCCUUGGGGAGUCGGAGGGGCAGUGCCCACCCCAGAGCCCCAGAAGCCUUGCUGAGACGCCCACUUCCCUGUUACCUCAGCCCACAGUGCCUGUUUUCAUUCUCGAAGACGUUAGGCUGUUUUCCUGCCUUACGACACAGAUAUCUCCUGUCAGUAUAGAGCUUUAUUGUUCUGCAGGUGUAUUCACAGAUAUUAGCUCAUAGCGGCUCACAGCGCCUCAGAAUGGGAGGCAGGGAAUGAAUCAUUAUCCCCAUUUUACUGACAAGGAAACUGAGACUCAACUUAGGUAACUGACCUGCCGGGUACAGUCACCCAUUCAGUGGCAGAGCUGAGUCCCGACCCCAAGCGUCUGACCACAAAGCCCUCACCCCGAGGCCUUAGUCUUGGGUCUGCAGGAUGUGGCUUCAUUUCAGACCGAGAGGCUGAGAAGUUUCCGGUUCAGCACAUGAAACCCAGGCCUUUGAGUUUUCCUCUGACCAGAGGUCAGGACGUCAUCCCCUGCGCUCAGUUGUUUCAGAAGUCUGUUUCUAUUUAUGCCUUCCCCCAGGAAGUCAUGGAUCCUGGUUACAGCACUCUGCAGGUUUGUUAAACCCCAUCAGGAAUGGAAUUGUCCCAUGAGAUGAGAAGGCCAUUGGAGGGCAACAAGGUGACUGCCUGAAACACUGAUUCUGUUCGCCAGUGAUAGGUUCCUCCCAUGGAAUCACACAUCAGGGUCCCGUUGGCCACAGAGCCUUUCGUGUCCCCGACCAGGUUUCCCGACAGCUCUGCCCUAGGCUCUCUCCCCUCCUUAGCCGUCUCUCCUGGGCUGUUCACGCUCAUCACCCGGGAAUUCCAACCAAGCUAUCCCAGCAAACCCUGCACUUCCAUUAGAAAGAGUCUCCCUUUGCUCUUUCUUGAUUGACUUAUGGAUUUCUCUCUGUGACUUUGCAUCCCUCCUUUCUCCCAUGACUCACAACCCAUAUCCUCCCCUUCCAGACUUCAGCAUUAAGAUCUACGUUAAUGCAGCCAACCUGGGAGAAGGGGCUGUGAACUCUUCCAGUGAUGGCCACAGCGGCAGGGUCUUCCCUGCUUCACUUCCCCUAACUCUGUAGUUCCAGAGGCCUCAGGCUGGAAGGCGGGUACAGUACAUAUGGAAAGGUGAACUAGCUGAAAAACCAAUUAAGAAGAAGAAAUAUAUAUAUAUAUGUAUUUUAGAUAUAUUAUUUCACUCACUCAUUAAGAAAACUAUCAGGCUAAACAAAUCGUAAGCUUGUAGAAAAUUUAUCUUAUUUAGUACCAUGCUCCCUGGCCUGUUUCCCUUUGAAAGCACGCCUGGAUUCUCAGCAUUUGAGUUUCUGCCGUGAGCCCUUUCCCCUGAAAAUCUGCUAAUCUGAUGAUCAUUUGGGGCUUUUGGAAGAGACACCAGCCUGGUCUGAUGCACUCCAUCAGCUUCCCACGACCCUAGGGUUUUCAGAAACUCUAGCUGGCCUUUCUGUGGGUGUCCUUCUCUUCCUAGAGAGCCCCAGCCAUCACUUCCCAGAAGCACCCCCAUCUCUCCUGAUUUUAUGGAACUUGUGCAAUAAGCCACUGGGCUGAGGCCCAGGAGCCCAUGCCCACCAAGCAAAAGGAGACCAGAGAAGCCAAGCGUGUGGUGUCCCGCCCAGGGCCCACUCUCUCCCUCUCACCACUUGCUUUUGCUUCCUGUCUCAGGGGAGUUUUUCCUUUGUAUGGCUGCUCUCAGAUCUUGCUGAGCUAGCCAAUCAUUGGAAGGAUUUCUUAAAAGAUGCUUUCUUUCAUGCUGAAGGGCAGAGCAAGAUCAAUGGGUGGAAGAGCAGAAAAGCUGAUGUCAGCUCAAAUUAAGGGAAAAGCUUCUAGCCAUCGAAGCUGCCCAGGAGAGGCAUGGACCACCAUACAUGAGUGAGCUCUCCAUCCUAAAAGGGAGUUCUCCAUACGGCUGGAGGUGAACAUCCCAGGUCCUUAACUUGGGAUUCUCACGACUGGGCUAGGUCAAUGAUGGCUUUGUCUCCUUGACACCUAACAUUGUCCUGUGGCCGCCACACACUACCCAAAAGGGCAGCGAUCCUCCUGUGAGAGUGGCCGUCAUGUAGUUGUGGGACUGGGUGGGAGCAAGUGGAUCAAUCUCAUGUCUUCAGGGGGAAAAAAUACCUUAAUUAGGGGUCUUUUUUAUCUUCCAACAAAUAGUUGAGCUAUUCUUGGAAUUCACUCAUCUCUGAAGAGGUUCUAAAUUACUAGAACAGGGGUUUUAUCAACUUAUUUGUCUUAGAAUUCCAACUUUUACUAGGAAAUUAUCCUUGUUUCUUAUAUCAAUAUCUAAAUGCCUUUGUCUUUAGCACAACACAUAUGAUCCAGUCCUUUAGUAUUUCCAGUGAUAACUUUCCUGGGUGGGACCUUCUGAUGACUCUCUCCCUCCGGGCAUGCCUCCUCCCCCUUUCUUGGCACCCCAUUGUUUCAGCCUCUCCUCUCCGUUAUCUGCCAUCUCCUUGUCCAUCCUCUCCCUGUUCCCUUAAAUGGCCAUAAUGCAGAACUGAAAUUUACAUUUUCAUACUGCUUUUUCCCCCCUAUGUACUAGAUUGCCGCAUUCUCUCCUCUGAAUUUUAAAAUUAAAUGAAUUAAAGCUGUUACAUGUUUUUCUCACAAAAUCAACAAAGCUCCAAACAGAAAUAGUUUUCUUUUUUACUUUCACUUACUUAAGAAAGAAAUUGUGCCCCCUUGCAGCCUAGGCAAAGGCCAUUUAAUGCAGUGGACCCUGCCCAUCCUCACGUCGACUUGCAUUUCUCCCCAUAGAAAAGGAAUAGUAUAAAAGAGGUGACGCUAAAAAAAAAAAAAAAAAAAAAUGUUGUAAACCCAGCCACUAGAGGGAGCCAGUUCAGUUCAUUAAAGGCAUGUUGAGCGCCCACUACCUUCCAGCUAAUCCGGAACCGAGAUGAGCAAGGCCUGUGCUUGCCCUCAGGGAGCUACAGUGUGAUGCUAGCGCUCAGAUCUGUCCCUUUGCCUUACUUCUCGGUCCAGGGUUCUUGGAGUUUGGUUUUUUCUUCAUUUCCUUCAGUAUGCAUCAUUUACUUAUCUUCAAAGUGUUGAGCAUUCAACACUCUUUUUCCUUUACAAAGAUUGGCCUUACAGAGGGAUGAAAAAUGAGAGACACUAGCUUAAUUUAUUUUCAUCAAGUUGUGUGGCAGAGAGAGAAAUCUAGAGGUUACUAGUACCUUUCUAAACCAGUGGCGCCCUGUUUUUUUUAAUGGAAUCAUUUUAGAAUUGGAAUAUCAGUUUUCUAAUGUGGAACACAUAAAUAUAAGUGGUAAAAAGAAACGUGACUUCUCCUAAAACAGGCUAAAUAACCAAACCUGAGGGAGCCCAAAUUAGCCUGGCAGGCGGAGGCCAACAUUGGAUCUUUGCCAUGUGAAACAUUUUUAAUACAGCUUCGAUGGGAAGUUAGAGGCCUUACUGAUAAAAUUGGUGGAUGGCACGAAUUUGGAGAGCUAAUGGCUUGAGUGACAGGCUCUGGAUCCGAAAAGAUCUAGGAGACUAGAACAAAACCUGGAUCUUAGAAAUUCACCAGGGAACAACACGAAGUCCUCCCUUUGGAUUGAAAAAUAAAUAAAUAAAAAGUAUACAAGUUCAA